CAAGAGAGGGUAGAACUGUACGGCGUUCUGGCCAGCCAGUGACCACAGCCCAUCUUGGACUUGAAUGGUCUUCUCUUCACUUGUCUCAACUACUCACUCUGCUCUCUGCCAGCUAAGGAACAGCUCAGCAGGUUCUGAGAAUAGCAGGAGAAAGAAGCAACAUCUCGUGAACUGCUGGUUCGUCUUGAUGCCGCUGUGACUGGGGCUCUGAUCCCCGGGGCAGAACAGGAGCACCUGUCCCAUCACAGUGUGAGCUGCCAUCCCGGCUGACGACACUGUCUCACAUCCCUGUCCUGGUCCUCACCCCUGCCUUCUGGCCCCGGCCAGGACUUCCAGCUUUCCCCAUUCAUCUUCCGUGGACCAGUCUUGGCACAACCUCUCAGACGCGGCCUGACCUCACCUAGCGGCCAGCCGGCGCCAUGGCUUCCGCCGAGCCCCUGACGGCGCUGUCCCGCUGGUACCUGUACGCCAUCCACGGCUACUUCUGCGAGGUGAUGUUCACGGCGGCCUGGGAGUUCGUGGUGAACUUUAACUGGAAGUUCCCGGGGGUCACGAGCGUGUGGGCGCUCUUCAUCUACGGCACGUCCAUCCUCAUCGUGGAGCGCAUGUACCUGCGCCUGCGCGGCCGCUGCCCGCUGCUGCUGCGCGGCCUCAUCUACACGCUCUGGACCUACGUGUGGGAGUUCACCACCGGCUUCAUCCUGCGCCAGUUCGACGCCUGCCCCUGGGACUACUCCCAGUUCGACUUCGACUUCAUGGGCCUCAUCACCCUGGAGUACGCCGUGCCCUGGUUCUGCGGGGCCCUCAUCGUGGAGCAGUUCAUCAUCCGCAACACCCUCCGCCUCCGCUUCGACAAGGAUGCCGAGCCCGGGGAGCCCAGCGAUGCCCUGGCCCUGGCCAAUGGCCACGUCAAGACUGACUGAGUUGGUGGGGGCGGGGAGCUGCCGGGUUGGGACCCCCCCCCCCCCCGGGGGCGCUCAUGGACCCUGUGGACAAGGGUACCAAGCUGGUGGGGUUGCCCCCUCUGUACCGCACAAGCCCCGCCCGAUGGGGGAGCACACGGAGCAGCCCCGGACCCUCCGCCGUGGGCGGGGUUGGAGGCAUGGCCAGGUGUUGGGGGCGGCAAAGGCACGUGGGGUAGAGUGCGUGGAUCUCAGCCUAGCUCAGGGGCUGGAGGCGGGAGGCCUGCGGUUACGCAGCGACUGGACUUAUGUG